AAUAAAGUCUUUGUUUCAGGCUUUGUCACAGACAGCAUUUGAACCGCUGAGGCGGUGCGUGGAUUAAAACGAUGCAAAAGGAGAACACACGUAUUGUCAGGGUGAAGGUUAUAGCUGGAAUUGGCCUGGCCAAGAAGGAUAUCUUAGGAGCCAGUGAUCCAUAUGUGAAAGUGACAGUGUAUGAUCCAGUGAAUGGAGUCCUUACCAGUGUUCAGACAAAAACUAUUAAAAAGUCCUUAAACCCAAAGUGGAACGAAGAACUCUUAUUUAGAGUUAAUCCUCAGAAACACAGACUCCUUUUUGAAGUAUUUGAUGAAAACCGUUUGACUCGAGAUGAUUUUCUUGGGCAAGUGGAUAUUCCUCUUUAUCAGUUACCGACAGAAAAUCCAAGUAUGGAGAGACCAUAUACAUUCAAGGAUUUUGUUCUUCAUCCAAGAAGCCAUAAAUCAAGAGUUAAAGGCCACCUUAGAUUAAAAAUGACUUAUUUACCUAAAAGCAAUGGGUCUGAAGAAGAAACCACAGAACAGGCUGAAGAAUUAGAGCCUGGGUGGAUUAUAUUGGACCAACCAGAUGAUGCCAGCCAGCCACAACAGCAGCAGCAGGAAUCUCCUCCGCUACCUUCAGGCUGGGAAGAAAGGCAAGACAUCCUCGGCAGGACCUACUAUGUCAAUCAUGAGUUCAGAAGAACACAGUGGAAAAGACCAACUGCUCAGGACAAUAUAGCUGCUGCAGAUAUUAGUAGUGUGCAGUUGGAGGCCCAGCAUGUGUUCACUCAUCGGCGACAAAUAUCAGAGGAUACAGAAAAUCUAGACAACAGAGAUUCCCCUGAGAGCUGGGAAAUUAUAACUGAAGAUGAGGCAACAAUGUAUAGUAAUCAGAACCUUCAAAUACCUCUCUCACAGAGUAAUUGUGAUAUACAGACUCAUCUUGCAGAAGAUUUGAAUACCAGACUUACUACCUCUGGAAGUUCAGCUACUGGCCAGUCAGCAGCCUAUACUAACCAUUCCAGCAGAAGAGGUAGUCUGCAAACAUACAGAGUUGAAGAGCAGCCUGCACAUCCGGUGUUACUGCCUACUUCAUCUGGAUUACCCCCAGGCUGGGAAGAACGACAAGAUGAAAAAGGGAGGUCGUAUUAUAUAGAUCACAAUUCUAGAACCACUACCUGGAUAAAGCCAGUUGUACAGAGUGCUAUGGAAACAAGUCAAUUGUCAGCUGUGCAAAGUAUUUCUAUAGGAAGACAACCACAGGCAACAUCAAGUGAUUCGUCACAACAGUCUUCUCAGCAGCAGCCUGAAAUGGAGCAAGGAUUUCUCCCUAAAGGCUGGGAAGUCCGACAUGCGCCCAGUGGGAGACCAUUCUUUAUUGACCACAAUACCAAAACUACAACAUGGGAAGAUCCAAGACUGAAAAUUUCUGUUCAUCCGAGGAGAUCCCUAGAUCCAGUAGACCUGGGCCCAUUACCACCAGGGUGGGAAGAGAGAACUCACACAGAUGGAAGAAUAUUCUUCAUAAACCACAAUACAAAGAAAACACAAUGGGAGGAUCCUCGAUUGCAAAAUGUGGCAAUAACUGGACCAGCUGUGCCUUACUCCAGGGACUAUAAGCGGAAGUAUGAGUUCUUCAGAAAGAAGUUGAAGAAACAGAGUGAUAUUCCAAAUAGAUUUGAAAUGAAAAUUCAUCGCACAACAAUCCUUGAAGAUUCUUAUAGAAGAAUUAUAGCUGUAAAGAGAGCAGAUUUCCUUAAAGCAAGACUUUGGAUUGAAUUUGAUGGUGAAAAAGGUUUAGACUAUGGAGGAGUGGCCAGGGAAUGGUUCUUCCUUCUCUCUAAAGAAAUGUUUAAUCCUUAUUAUGGAUUGUUUGAAUAUUCAGCUACAGAUAACUAUACUCUGCAGAUCAAUCCAAACUCUGGACUUUGCAAUGAAGAUCAUCUCUCUUAUUUCAAGUUUAUAGGUCGUGUAGCUGGAAUGGCUGUUUACCAUGGCAAACUUUUGGAUGCCUUUUUUAUUCGUCCUUUUUACAAGAUGAUGCUCCAAAAACCAAUAACGCUUCAUGAUAUGGAGUCUGUGGAUAGCGAAUAUUACAAUUCUCUGAGAUGGAUUCUUGAAAAUGAUCCAACAGAACUGGACCUCAGAUUUAUAGUUGAUGAAGAACUUUUUGGUCAGACCCAUCAACAUGAACUGAAAAGUGGUGGAUCAGAAAUAGUUGUCACCAACAAGAACAAGAGAGACUACAUUCAUCUCGUAAUUCAGUGGAGAUUUGUGAGCAGAGUGCAGAAACAAAUGGCAGCCUUUAAAGAGGGCUUUUUUGAACUAAUACCACAGGAUCUGAUUAAAAUUUUUGAUGAAAAUGAGCUAGAGUUAUUAAUGUGUGGACUGGGAGAUGUGGAUGUGGCUGAUUGGAAACUACAUACAAAAUACAAAAAUGGCUACAACAUAAACCAUCAAGUAAUACAGUGGUUCUGGAAGGCAGUCUUAAUGAUGGACUCUGAAAAGAGAAUAAGAUUACUUCAAUUUGUUACUGGCACAUCCCGUGUACCUAUGAAUGGGUUUGCUGAGCUGUAUGGUUCAAACGGACCACAGUUGUUUACAGUUGAACAAUGGGGUUCCCCUGAAAAACUGCCAAGAGCUCAUACCUGCUUUAAUCGCUUGGAUUUGCCUCCAUAUGACUCAUUUGAAGAUUUAUGGGAUAAACUUCUUCUAGCGAUUGAAAAUACUCAGGGUUUUGAUGGGGUUGAUUAAGACAGACAUGAAUUGUAUCAGUCCAGUGCUGCAAUUUCAUUUUAAGGGUUUACAAACAAAUUUGAAUUUUCCAGGGACUACCAUUGUAUUUAGUCACAUGGUUAUUGAUAGUAUCACUUGUAAUAUAAGUAAAUAUUAAAAAUUCACUAACUUUUGAAAAUGUAUUUUGCCAUUUUCACAGUUUUGUGUACUUUGCUAAUAACUACAAUAUACACAUUGGAUGGGCCAGUGCCAAGUAAGUAAAAAAACUAAAAUGUUUUUAAGCAGUUGCCUCUUCUACAGUAUUUGUCAGACUGUCCUGCAGUAAACUACUGAAGUAAAACUGUGAAGAAAUCUUUGCAGGGGUGUAAAUUUGAAUUGCUGCUUUAAGAGGAACAACUGAAAUUGUUAAACUGUUUUUAAAAAAACCAAACAACAACAAACCAAGCAAAACCAAAACCAACAAACUUCAUGUAAUGCAAUAUCAUAAUCUGUGCUGCUUCAGGCUGUUUGCUACAGAUCUGCCCAAAGCACCUUAUAAUACAGCAUAUUAGGUGAAGCAUUGGAAAGUAUUUGUUUGCAUUAUCAGCCAUCAGUUUGCAGAACAUUGACUUGCUGACACAUUUUAUUUGUUAGAUUUCUUUUUCUAACUUGCUUUUGUUAAAACAGUGUAACAAAACCAGAAUUUUUAUAUAAAACAGACAAGCAGCAUAAUUCUGAAUUGUAAUGAGAAAUUAUAUCAAUUUUUUGUCUGAAUUUGUAUACUGUCGUUGGUUUAUUGAGUUUUCAUCACUUUUUCUUGAUAAAUUUGUAGCUCAACGAUGGAUAAUAUUUUCAAUUCAGCCUUUUGCAACAAAUUAAUCUGAAAGUGAAAUUUGUAUGGAUAUCACUCAGUAUUAGUUACUGGUAGUUAGAGGCCUUUAUUAUCCAUUCUUGCAGUAUUGCACUACGUAACAAUAAAGAACAUGUUUACAGGGUUUUCUGGGCCAAAUUCAGCAGUCUGAUAUGUGCAGACUUCUCUGAACUGUGUGGAGGUUAUGCACAUGUAACCAGGUGCAGAAUUUGGUUCUGUAAUAUGUUUACAGGUUAUGCUAGUUUCUAUAGCUGCAUUUUUAUAUUUUUUUUUCUCCACUGUUAGUCUAGAAACCAAAUUUGUUAAUACAGUAUAACCAAAGUCAUAACCAACAAUGUGCAAUUUAUUGUAGAUCAAUUUGUCAUAUAAAUAUUAGUUUGAAUUCUUUUGUAAAUUUGGAUAUUUUUUGUAUUAAUGUUAAAACUUUUUUUUGAGCAAGUGCUGGUUAAAAGGAUUAGCAAAGUUGGUUCUAAAAAUAAAAAUUGGUUUAUAUACCUGGCUUGCUCUAAUUUUAACAUUUUAUUACCAAUAUGAUCUGAGGAAAUGACAGUACCUAGCUUUGGCCAGCAAAUUUCUGUUUAGUCACAGUCUUUAUAAAUAUGCAAGAAGGAAGUGUAGCACAUCUCUCUAUAAGGAUAUGUAAAUUAUGUAACAAAUGUAAUAGGUCUUAAGGGAUAUUUAAAAUCCCACUUUGUUUUAUUCUUUGACUAGGUUGUUAGGGCUGAGAAUAUUACAUGUAAAUAAAGGUAACUUAUACAAUUUUCCCAAAUCUAUAUGCAGUUUUGUAAAACAUGAAUGAUAUAUCAGUAAAUCUGUAUAGAUUUGAAUGUAGCAGGUUUUGUUGCAUAAAGCAUAAAAUAAGGAUCCUGAGAGCAGUAAAUAAAAGUUUAUUC